AUGGAGGAGGCCCCCGGUGCCGCAGCAGAGGCAUCUGGGCUGGAAUUCGGCUCCGCUGAGCGGGAUAUAAUCAGAGUUCCGCAUCUUGCUAUGGAGGCAAUGGAGGCAGAGACCAGGAACGACAAUGAAGAGGAAGAGUCUGUUCCUCUGGAGGACCAAGAAGAGAUGUUUCCCCCAGCAGAAAGAGAUGUCUGUGGAGCUACAGAGCCAUUCGUUGGUUCUGCAGAAUUUUAUUGCUGCAAACACAAAACCAAUCAGAAUUGGAACAGAGAGAAGCUAAUUGGUCAAGGAAAAUCUCCUGAGACUUUCUCAGACAAAGUGGAAUUAGACAGCUGUCCUCCUGAAUUGGGUGGCAUGGAGCAGCUAAUAACAGACAGAGGAAAUCCUUCCCAUCCUUCAGGAGCUCCUCUGCAGGCACCUGCAUUAUCAGUGGAGUUAAACAGCGGCACAGAGCCAGAGUGUGCCUUUGAGCAAUUUGGUCAGCUUACUAGUGAGCAUGGUGACCAAAGAUGGGAAAAGGAAGGCCAGCAGCGUGGAGCUGAGGAACAUGAAAUAAGCAGAAGUGAAAAAACAGUAGAAGAAACAGAACUGGUUGUCUUGGAUCCAGAACAUCCUCUGAUGAGAAGAUUCCAGGCUGCACUGAAGAAUUACCUUACUAAGCAGAUGGAAAAAGUGAACCUAGAGCUUCAGGAACUGAGGACAGCAACGAAGAAGGGCAAAGUACAGAGAGAAGAGCUUGGGGUGAUUCUUUACGGAGUGCAGCAGCAGCUGGCUCGUCUGCAGAUGGAACUGGAGAAGAGCCACGACCACCGCUCUCAGAUGGCCAUGGCGCGUCAGCAGGUGGAAGAGGAACUGGAGGGCCUCAGGCUUACUCACAGGAAAAUGUGUCAGAACACAGAUGAUGAGCGCAAGAAAGUUUCUGCAAUGCAGACCGAGGUUGAAAACCUGGCCUUGCGUCUCUUCUACAUGCAGAAUAUGGACGAGGAUAUGCGUCAUAAUAUUUUACUAAUGAAACAGUCAACAAAGAAGGCUGAGGCAGAGAAGGUCCAGGCUGAGUUGGAGAAGAAAAAACAGGAUCUUCUAGUAGACCGCUUAACAAGAAAAGCCUACGAGCUACAAGAACAGAUUGCUCUGUUUGACGCUCAGUUUGUGGCCCAGGCGGAGGACACAAAAGUAACUCAGCAAGCAGUAAAUGAGGCUUGUAUGGAGGUACAGGCUAUUAACAUGGAGAAAAAACGAUUGAUGAACCACUGGAAUAGUAGCUUGGCUGGAAUGAAGCAAAGAGAUGAGGCCUAUAUUGCCACACAAGAGUUGCUGAGCAAGUACAGACAUGACCUCAAGUCCCUAGAAAUGGACAUCCACGGCUGUAGAAAGUCAAUCAGGAAGGAGGAGGAGAAGAACGAGUUGCUUGUCACCAUCCUGAGCCGUUCACAGAAUGAUGCAAACUUGACAAAGAAACGGAUUGCCCAAUGCCUUUCAAGGCAGGAGGCCUUGAAGGUUGAAUCUAGCACCUAUAUUCGCAUUCUCUAUGAGACAGAGCAGACCCUCAACAGGACCAAGAUGGAUCAAGCUGCUCGUCUGAAUGAGUUGCUCUCCAUCAGUAAGGAUAUAGAGAAAGGGACUGAUGCCAAAGAGCAGAUGGAGAAUGAAAUCAUGGCAAAGCUUCAGGAUCAGAUGAUGUCCAGCAAAGCCACAAAGCACUUCUCACAGUUGGCUGCAAAACUUCAUAGGAGAAAAACAGAUCUGGAGCUGCAUUGUUCCAAGGCUGAGAAUGAUAUCGCCCAGGUUAUUCUGAAUGCAACUCAUACCAACUGCAGGCUGACAAUUCUCAAAAAAACCCUUGGUGAGCUGGACAAGGAAAUAAAAAGCAUCCAUGAUCUGAUCAGCCGCAGUGAAAGUGAGAUUGCAAAGUGCAGUCUCCUGAUUGAGAACAAGCAAGGGGUCAUCAGCCAGUACAACAGGAGGUUGGAGAUGAUUCUUUCUCGGCAGGGGCAGCAAGAACUGGGACCGUUGGAAAUUGAGAUCAACAGGCUGACCAAGCAGAUAGAAGAAUAUAAUUCUGAGGUGAUGACAUUACAGAAGUACUGGCUCAAUCUGCAGAAAGAGCUAGUGAAGUUAACACACGAACGGGAAGAACAAGUAGCCUCCUUGGACAUGUUAAAGAAACAGAUUACAAUAAUGCAGCAGAAGAAAGUGCGCACUGAAAGUAAUUUGCAACAGGAAACAAAAGAACAGAAAGACAUUGAACGUCACAUGAGGAACAUGUCAAAUGACUUGAUAAAGUUGAAUGUGUUGAUCAACAAGAACAACAGCAGCUUUAAGGAGCUGCAAUAUGGCAACAUUAUCACAGAGAAUGAGUUUAUACGCUCUCUCAAGGCAGCAGAAAAAGAAUCAGUUGAGAUGCAGGAGAAGCACAGUCAAUUGACUGAGGAGAAGGAAAGACUCCUGAACAGCCUGGUGGAAGCAGAGCAUCAAAUCAUGCUAUGGGAGAAAAAGGUCCAGCUGACAAGAGAGAUGCGUGCAGCAGUGGAUUCUGAAACAGGACAAGGUGAAAUCCAAGCCAUGAGAACAGAGAUUCAUAGGAUGCAAGUCCGCUACGGCCAGCUGAUGAAGCAGCAGGAGAAGAUGAUUCGUGAUAUGGAGGCAUCUGUUUCUCGUAGAGAGGCAAUAGCAGUUCGUGGAGAGGGACAGAACAAAACAGAUAAGAAAUAUAUCACCAAGAGCGACUUCCACCGCAAGAAACAGGAGCUGAGAAAGAGCAUCAGUGAAACCCAGAAGAACACUCAAGACUGCAACAAAACCAUCCUGGAGCUGGAGAGCACCCGAGCGUCCCUUAGUGCCACCCUCUUGGAAAAGCAAUUGUGCGGACUGCAGGCCGAGUCCGAUGGCCUCGAUGCAGAUGCAGAAUGUCUUCGGAACAAGAAACGAUGGAACCUGUUGGAACUUGUAGCCUACCAGACACGCCAGAAGCAUCUGCAGGCGCUGAAGGAAGGGAAGUACGCUCCCCUGUGCCGCACCGAAGAAGCCCGCGGGAAGGAGCAGCAGCAGCUGCAGGCCCGGCUCCGUGCCGUUAGCGGCAUAGUCCGCCGGGUCCAGCAGGAACACCCUCGGCACGGCCGGGCUCUGCAGGGGCUCGCUCAGUGCUUGGAGGCCAGGCUCGGCCCGCAGGAAGCCUGA